AUGGAGUUUGAAACAGUGAAGAAAAACUUGGAGAAAGGUCUGGACGGCAAUGAAAUACUUUCUCGAUUCUUUGAGGACUUCAUCAUGCAGGGUCUGGGACUCCACGUCGAGUUGAUCGAACAGGGCCGACUGCUUUGCUCCAUGAAAAUCCCAGUUCGAUUUCUGAAUCCAAUGAAUGUGUUACAUGGUGGAGGCACUGCAUCACUGGUGGACUUGGUUGGUUCUGCGGUUAUACACACUUAUGGACUCCCCACUGGAGUCUCCGUGGAGAUCACUGUCUCUUAUUUGGAUACUGCUUUUGCCGAUGAGGAAAUUGAGAUAGAAGGCAGGGCGUUGCGAGUUGGGAAGACGGUUGCCGUCGUGAAUGUCGAGUUUCGCAAGAAAAAAACAGCCAGAAUUUUUGCACAGGCUCGUCAUACCAAGUGCCUCCCUCCCCAAACAAGGAUGUAA